AUGGCCGAAACACUCCUCCAGCAGCCACGUCGUUUCCAACACCCCAACGUUAACGACACCCACAAUGCCAUCCUAAAUGUAUUUGGGAAGAAGCUCAUGCAUAAUAGCUGCCGUGGCGGGUGCCAACUCACUCAGCUUGAGCACCACCAUGUCACCAGCAAGAAGGACCCCAAUAAGCGGCAACAAUACAAACCGAAGCGGAUAGUUCCAGGUCUCGAUGACAAGCACAACACACCCAGAGAAUCACGGCCAAUUUUGCAUUAUUCAAAACGAAAGAUUCCCUCCAACUUAGGUUUUAUCCAGUGUAGCAUAUUUGUCUAG